AUGCGAGAACUCCUCAGCAGACGACAGCAGCGCGUGCUGCUUGGCACUUUCGUCACUUUGCUGUAUUUGCAACAGGAGGCACACGCACAAGACCCAUUUGACUGCCACGUCGCGCUCGACGACACUCAUAAUUUCGACCUUACAACUGUAGCUGGCGAACAUGUUGUGACUCGAUCGCGAGACACGCCGCCGUCGCGUAUGAGCGAUGAGGUGCGCUUUGACUUGUGUGCUGACCUGUCACGAAGAGAUGGUGUCGCGGAUGGUGACCAGUGUCCUUCAGGAGCCCGUGCAUGUAUGACGAUGACCAACCAGAAAGACAAUGAAAACGACCGAGUAAUCGCAGCUAUCCCGCUUGCCGUAUCCUCUUCACUAAACCCUCAAACGUCCAUCAUUCCAUCGCCAAACAAGGGCCUCAACCUAGUCUUUUCCGGCGGCGAAUACCCAAAAACAGACCCAAUACCUCAAACCUUCAAUAUCUCACUCUACUGCGACACAACAUCCUCAGACCCAAAUUUCGUGUCAUACAAUGGUGCACAGCUCCGAGUGGAGUGGAAGACACCCGCUGGAUGUGCGUUUGACGCGUCGGAUCCUUCAAAGGGCGGUAAUAAGGACACGGAAGGAGGGAAUGAUGGAGAGGAGCAUGUUGGGAGUGGGGUUGGGUGGUUCUUCUUAUUGAAUUUGAAACUUAGACUCCUUAUCGCAUUCCUUGCAUAUUUCAUCCUCGGUGCAUAUUACAACUAUAGCACAUACGGUGCAACAGGCGCAGACCUCAUUCCGCAUCGAGACUUUUGGCGAGAAGUACCCUACAUCCUCCGAGAUAUUGGUUCUCAUCUCUGUUCUGCAUUACGUCCUUCACCGCGGAACGGGUACAUCGCUGUUUAA